GCUAUCAAUCACCGGGUCCCGUCUGGUAAUUACUUGCCAGCACCUGGUGAUCGCCAAGUAUCUCAGAUGGGGGAGAGAUCUGUAUGUAAACAAUACAGAUCUCUCCCCUGUCAGCUCCUGCACACUGCUUUGUAUGGCUCUGCAUAGCAGAGCCAGUGAAACACAGAAACAGCCCACGUAGUAAAACAUCCCGCAGCACACAGUUAACCCUUUUAUCGCCCCACAUGUUAACCCCUUCCUGCCCAGUGCCAUUACUACAGUGUCAAUGCUUUUUAUUAGCACUGAUCACUGUAUUGGUGUCACUGGGGAUGUCAGUGACACCAGAUCAGUUCCCCCCAGUGUCAGAAUGCCUGCCGCAGUCCUGCUAUAAGUCGCUG